AUGACAGAAGCUCGAAAUUACAGAAGGACAGAACGACAGGAGGUGGCAGACCAACAGCAGCACAAAACUAGAACAUGGCAUAAGGACAGAAUGACAGAACAACAGAAAGACAGAAUGAAGACGAAAAAGAACGAAGUCGGACGAAAAAGGACGGAAAGGACGAUAAAGAACGAAAAAGACGAUAAAGAACGAAAAGGACGAAAACGACGAAAAAGGACCAUUAAGGACGAAAAAAGACGAUUAAAGACGAUUAAGUACGAAAAAGACGAAAGAGGACGAAAAAGGACGAAAAAGGGCGAAAAAACGAAAACAGACGAUAAGGACAAAAAAGGACGAUUAAGGACGAAGAAGGACGAAAAGAAGGAAAACGGACGAUUCAGAACGAAAAAGGACGAGAAGGACGAAAAAGGACGAAAAGUACGAAAAAGGACGAUUAAAGACACAAAAGAACAAGAAAGGACGAAAAAGGACGAAAAGAACGAAAAGGACAGGAUAGGACGAAAAAAGACGAAAAAGGACGCGAAGGACGGAAAAGGGCGAAAAGGACGAUUAAUUACGAAUAAGGACGAAGAAGAACGAAGACGGAAAAGGUCGGAAAAGGAUGAAAAGAACGAAAAAGGACAAAAAAGACGAAAAGGACGAAAAAGGGCGAAAAGGACGAAGAAGGACGAAAAGGGACGGGAAGGAAGAAAAAGACGAUUGAGGACGAAAAUGACCAAAAGGACGAAAGAGGACGAUUAA